AUGGAAGAUGGUGAUGGAGAAGGGGACAUUGCUGCUAAACCGUCCACCAAACUUAUGAAAACAGGUGACAAUUCUCAGGAUGAUGCUUACUUCAAGUAG